CCCCGCCCCCGUGCAGGUUAGGCCCCGCCCCCUCCGCUGCGCAAUGACGUCACGGGCCGGGAGCCAUGGCUUCCCUGGAUGCUGAGGUUGUGGCUAACAGCCCGGUUGAAGCUGCAGUAGAACCAGAGCUCCUGGUGCUGGACACAAGCCCCAGCUGUGAACUCGUCCAAGGGAUCGACGACGAGCCAGGGUUGUCCACUGAGAAAACGGGGCAGGUGCCAAAUCCUGUGGCAGGCAGCGGAAACACAAUGGGUAACAUCACUUUGCAGAACAACAGCAGGGAGCUGCCAGGCCCUGGGACCAGCCAAGAGAUUGUGGUGAAGACCCCCGAUCCUGAGACUGUGGUGGUGCCGGGCCUGUUAGGGGAAGAGUCGGGAAGCAGUGAGCAGCAGUGCAAAUCGAGCGAGCCCUUCCUGGCCUCAGAGUGCCCUUCACCUGAUGCUGUGGCUGCUAGUCGCCCAGUUUCUCAAACUGGAGCUCCUUCUGCCAAAGGUCUUGCAGGCCACGCUGCUAAGACAUUCCCCACCUCCCCCACCAAGGCUUUGGGUGCAAACAGAGCGAAGAUGACACUAACCGGAAUCAACAAGUCGCCGAACUCCAUUCAGAGCCUUGCAAUGAAGCUGCUCAGCGUGCCAACGGGGCGGGCGGGGAACGAGGUGGCGCCAGUUCCUGUCGAGGUGCAGAGACCAACCUCCACUCCGGAUGAGAAACCCAAGGUCCACAAAGCAAGAAAGUCGAUAUCCAGAUCCAGUGCCAGUCAGAGGUUGUCUAUGGAGCUGGGGACCUUGCACAUGGAACAGGCAGGCCAGAUCCCUGGUGUGACGACGGAGCCAGACCUUGCAGUACUGGGUCAAGAUGAGAAUCAGGAGGUGCACAGAGCGAGGAAAUCAAUACUGAAAGGUGGCUUUAGUCAGAGCUUGGUGGAGAAGUUGGCGAGCUUGCCUGUCGGCCGGCCAGUUGGUGAAGGUCCUGGAGGAAUAGCAGAGUCGGAACGUGCAGUGCAUUCUCCGGAUGAGAACCAGGACGUCCACCGAGCCCGAAAGUCGAUUCUCAAAGGCAACUUCAGUCAGCGGAUGGCAGGUCUGCCGACUGGCCGAACAAUCAAUGAAGUUGGCGCAGAAACAGAGGUCACAGUCCCAGAUCCAGAGGAAUAUCCAGAGAUCCACAGAGCGAGAAAAUCCUUUCUCUCAACAAACACCGGUCAGAAUUUGGCCAGGAGCCUUGCAAGUGAAUCCAUAGCCCAAGGCAGGAAUGAAGUGUCAACAGCAACAGCAGAGAGACCGGAUACUCACCAAGGCCAGGUGGAGAAAGCGAAGGUUCACAGGGCCAGGAAGUCGAUGUUUAAACCCAGUCCUGCUCAGAUGAAGCUGGUGGAGAUGAAAGGUGAUUCUUGCCACCCGGAUCCUGUGAACCCAACUAUGCAGCAGCAGUUUGAGUUGCUGCCGGGCAGAGGUACAGCUGAGGCGGAAGCAGGGGUGCCAGCAGCACUCAUCAAGAAGAGAAAACCAGAAAACUUAGGCAUGGAGUCCCCCAAGAAGAUCAGUCUUCUGAAAGAAGAAAUGGCCAAGGAGCCGACACCACUGGGAUCUAUGCGAGCGCGGGCCAGGGGAGUGGUUGAUGCAGUAACCAGCAGUGGGGCUUUGAAUUUGAGUGGUGCUAUGAACAGGGUCCAUCUGCAAGAGGUGAAAGAGGUCACCAGGGUAGCCGGUUCGGUUCCAGUUCUGGAUCUCUCCAAGGAGGCAGAACCUGAGAAGGUGGUGGAGCCAAUGGAAGUGUUAGAUGAAUGGGAUACCGAGGUGGGCGAUGACUUCAACCUCUUCUAUGAUAGUUACUCGGUGGAUGGGAGAGCAGAUUCUGAUAAGUCUAGCAAGACUGAGGGUGAUGCAGCUGAGGAUCGAUUAAGUGAUGUGGAGGAUGACGAGGAGGAGCUAGAAGGGUCUGGAAACAUCUCUGACAGGAGCUCCAAUUCGAGUUUGAAAAGAAAAGGGAAGAAGAAGUGGAAGAGCGAGAGCCCGUGGGUGAAACCUACCCGAAAACGCAGGAGGAAAGAGCGCAUGAAGCAGGGUAAAGGGGCAGUGAGGCAGACAACAGCCGAUUUCACAAAACUGAAAGAAGUGAUGAAUUCUUCAGGAGGAGGUGGAGUGGGGAACCAGGCACAGAGCGAGUAUACAGAAGUCCCACUGGGGUCUCUGGAGCUUCCCAAUGAGGGCAGCCUUUCCCCACAGCCAACAGGGGUGUCCAAUGAUGCCAGCUCCAUGGAAACGGAUCGGUUUGAGGAGCUGCCGCUGUGCAGCUGCCGAAUGGAGGCCCCAAAGAUUGACCGCAUCACUGAGCUCUCCAACAACAAGUGCAUGGCGACUGAGAGCACCGAUGGACAGCUGAGUGGCUGCAGUAACAGCAUCACCAAAUGUGAGACAAUGAGACCGUCCAGUCGAGUGCCGCUGAUGGUCCUGUGUGAAGUGCACAGGGCUCGAAUGGUGAAACACCAUUGCUGCCCCGGCUGUGGCUACUUCUGUACAGCGGGAUCGUUUCUGGAGUGUCACCCGGACUUCAGGAUCACUCACCGUUUUCACAAGAGCUGCGUUUCCCAACUGAAUGGGAUGAUCUUCUGCCCACAUUGUGGGGAGGAUGCCUCUGAAGCACAGGAGAUCACAGUGGCUAAAGCAGACACAUCCAGCAUGGUACCGGUGCCAGCACCUCCCAGCCAGGAGCACCUGAUGAACGGCAGAGCCGACACCACACACGCUAGUGCUCGAAUGAGUGGGAACGGAGAAGCAAAGAAAUCGAGCUUGGAGCCCCCAGCAGACAGUAUUGACAGCUCGGGCCCAUCAAUUGUCCUGCCGUCCGGAAAAACACUGUCGGCUGUUGGACUUCCACCUGGACCUGGCAGAGAGGCUCUGGAGAAAGGGUUGGUUCUCCAACAAGCUGAGAGGCGGAAGAAACUGCGAUUUCACCCACGACAGCUAUACCUCUGGGCCAAGCAGGGUGAACUGCAGAAAGUGCUGCUCAUGCUGCUGGACGACCACGAUCCUAACUUCCAGACAGACCAGCAGAGCAGACGCAUGCCACUCCAUGCAGCCGCCCAGAAGGGUUACCUGGAGAUCUGCCACAUCCUGCUGCAGGCUGGUGCAACUGUUGACGUAUGUGACAAGCUCCAGAGGACUCCAUUAAUGGAAGCCAUCAUGAACAACCAUUAUGACGUUGUCAAAUUACUGGCCAAGCAUGGGGCAUGCGUCUUCCACAAGGUCUCUGCAAGAACAGUUUCACCAAGUGCCGCCAUUUUGCCCUUUCGUUGUAGCCCGGUAAAUACUUUUCCUCAGGAAUUAGAUGCCUCCACUUGCCUACACCAUGCUGCUAAGAAUGGGAGUGUCCAAAUGGUGCAUUUCCUGCUAGCUACUGGACAAGUGGAUUUAAACACACAGGACAGUGGUGGUUGGACUCCGGUUAUAUGGGCAGCAGAACACAAGCACAUUGAAAUCAUCAAACUGCUCCUCGGACGAGGGGCCAAUGUCGCCUUGAAGGACAAUGAGGAGAACAUCUGUUUACACUGGGCAGCCUUUGCUGGCUCCUCCGACAUUGCCGAGGUGCUUCUGAAUGCCAGGUGUGAUCUACACGCAGUGAACAUGCAUGGAGACACCCCGCUACACAUUGCAGCUCGGGAGAACUUCUAUGAUUGUGUCAUACUGUUUCUGUCCCGUGGAGCGGACAUCGAGGUGAAGAAUCGUGAGGGAGAUAGCCCUCUGGAUUGCUGCAUCAUGAAUUCUCAGGUCUGGUUCGCCCUGCAGCUCAACAAGAGGCUGAAACAAGGCAUCUUGAAUCGAGCAGUUCGCACGGAAAAGAUCAUCAGUAGGGAUAUUUUCCCUCCUUUUUUAACCGAGAAGGAUGGGCGUCUUUUACAAGAAUUCAACAAGAUUGAGCCGCCCCUGAUCUUCGAGUGCAAUCAGGCGUGUUCCUGCUGGCGGACAUGCAAGAACCGUGUGGUGCAAAGUGGAAUCAGAGUUCGCUUACAGCUCUAUCGGACAGAGAAGAUGGGCUGGGGUGUGCGAGCUCUGCAGGACAUUCCACAGGGGACCUUCAUCUGUGAGUACGUUGGUGAGAUCAUUUCAGAUGCUGAAGCGGACGUGCGUGAAGAUGACUCCUACCUUUUUGACCUGGACAAUAAGGAUGGGGAAGUGUACUGCAUUGAUGCCCGUUACUAUGGCAAUGUGAGCCGCUUCAUAAACCAUCUGUGCGACCCCAACAUCAUUCCCGUACGUGUCUUCAUGCUUCAUCAGGACCUCCGAUUCCCCCGGAUCGCGUUCUUCAGCAGUCGGGAUAUCAAAACAGGCGAGGAGCUUGGCUUUGAUUACGGAGACCGGUUCUGGGACAUCAAGUGUAAAUAUUUCACCUGCCAGUGUGGCUCGGAGAAAUGCAAGCACUCCGCAGAGGCCAUCGCCCUGGAGCAGAGUCGUUUGGCCAGGCUCGAGUCGUACCAGGAUGCCAUUCCCGAGAGCAGCCUGACUAUAGUUGGACCACCGUGAGACCACCCAGCAAUCAUGGAUUUCUCUCUGUACCUUCUCCCCAUCUCUGCCCCAAACUGAAACCUCCCUCCCCCACCCCCCACCCCCCAAACAACAUUAGCACCACUACAAAUCUCUGUUUCAACUACUUUCAUUCAGAACUCUACAGCAUUAAGAUAGCGGCUAGCCCCAAGAUCAUUCAUCCCAGCUGCGUGAGGAGCCGAGCUUAGCAGGGAAGUCGGGUUGGCAUUUCCUUUCCCCAUCUUCAUGGCUCAAAUGGUUUCCUUUCGUCUCAUAACUCCAGCCAAAGGCCUUAAGCUUCUCCUGAAGCCAGCAGACAGGUCUACUUGGGGACUGGCAUCCUGUGCGAGAGUCACUGUGUUAGUCUGCCUCUCUUCCGAAGGCAGGAAUGUCCUGCUGCUACCCGCAGGACACCCUGGUCAAGCACCACACUUAGAAGCGCGAGUGGAGCUGCCUGUGUAUCUCGACACUCUCCCCUACCGCUUGUAUGGAGCGCAGGUAUUAUCGCAGGAUUCUGGUUUCACCUGGUUCUUUUCGCCCUGCAUCUUAAACUGUGAAUUUAAUUUUUUUUUGUUUGUAUUAUUGUUAUUAAUUCAUAAUUAAUCCAGGUGAACGUUUAGAAUCUGGUUGCAGUUGCCUCGAUCACGCGCAAGGCACAACCCUUGCGCGUCACCGAAUGAAUUCCUGGUGGAGCUUCUUCCUGUGUCUAGUUAAUCUGGUUAAGAGAUCGGCGGAAGUAUCCAGACAGCCACCUCUGUAAGGUGAGCAGCAGGACACCGAUCCCUUGGGACUAGGGUGUGAUGCCAGUCUUCUUCCAACAGUACGGUGAAUACCUUGACACCAUCUGACUUGCCUACUUAGAGAAGUAUUGGGUCACACUUUCCACCUUUUGAAGGGGAUUCUGUGAGCAAUUAUGUUGUCCUAUCUCCUUAUGUUUUUGCUGACCCUGAUCUUGAAGUACACACCAAUGCCGCCUUAAGUCUCUCUGUCUCCAUUUAUUUGCAUUCUUUAAAUGAAUGUGGAUAUCUCGGGCUAGGCCAGCAUUUGUUGUCCAUCCACAACUGCCUUGGAAAAGGUGGUGGUGAGCUGCCUUCUUGAACUACUGCAGGCCAUGUGGUGUAGGUAGGAACUUGAGGGAAGGUGCUCCCAUGUGUCUGCUGCCCAUGUCCUUGUAUAGGUUUUGAAAGAUGUAACUGUACAUUAUGUCAGUCGAACUUUGAUCCAUUGGUUGAGUGAGGGUGGGCAUUAACACUGACCAGAUAGAGACUCUAGGUUUGUGUUAAUACUGGACAGGGGCGGGGCAAGCAUUAAUCCUCAUUUAACAGCAUGAUAGUGCAGGCCCUGAAAAUCUAAAAUUAAAACAGCAAAGGUAGGAAAUAUUCAGGAGGUCAGGACAAGCAGCAUUUUGCUAAGGCUUGGUGGGUAAUGCACUGGCAACUGUUUCAGGAGGAAUAGUUUACAGAAAGCAUCCCAAGAUCAUAAUCCAGACUGACACUCUGACUGCAAUAUGAGAAGGCAUUGCACGUUUGGAGGGUCAGUCCUGAGGGAGUGCUGCACUGUCAGAGGGCCAGUACUGAGGGAAUGAUGCAUUACCAAAGGAGCAAUAGCAAGGUUGUGCUGCAGUGUCAGAGGAGAUGUUAAGCCAAGAACCAGCCACUUCUCUUAGUUGGGUGUAAGAUGUCUCGUACCCACAGUUUUGAGGCAGAACUAAGAAGAUUUCCCUACUAUCCUAGGCCAGUGUUUAUCCUACAACUGAACAUUGUCUAAACAAAUGUGGAUAGGCUUUUUAGUCUUUUUUUUGCGCUGUUUUGAGAGAUCUUGCUGUGAGCAAAUUGGAUGCUGCUUCUAUUCCUGCAUUUGCAACACAAAGACUGUCCUUCAUAAAUGUAACAAAACAGAGCACUAUAGGAGAUUGGCAUAAAAUGCUAAUGGUUCUGUUCUUCCCAGGAGGUCCCCCUCAGCCUCCCACUGCCUCAAAUUGUCUAAAUUGGCUUGGAUUAAGUUGGUUCAAUGUGACUCCAAUGGAAAAAUAUCUGUUGUGAUUUUGUAUGUGUACACCUUAAACGUGUUAUUUUAAAAAGAAAAAUUAUGUAAUGGGAUAGAGUGCAUCCUGAACCUGGCUGUGAAGCUUUGUGACAUUUAACUAGCCAUUUUUCCAGUUCACCAUCUGUGUCCAGCAACUGAAAAAUACUUGCCCGCUCCACAGUUUGUCAACCUGGCUCAGAUCUGGUUUCAUGCACCCACUGGGAUAUGUGAGCAGGCACAUACCUCAGUGGCGACUGAGUUGACGUUUGACAACAUUUAAUCAAGUCUAUUCAAGUUCUUGAUGUUCUAAGGCUCCGGAAGACCCCACAUCCAUCCUUUAAAAAAAGUUUCUUUUUUUUUCAGAAAGUACCAGAUUUUGUUUCCGUUUGAUACUGUUCAUUAAAAGAUCAUUAUACUUUUUUUUAAAAUCA